CUCCCCCUUCAGUAAAAGCUAUUUAGUCGACAGCUGACCGCGACCACAGCAGCAGUCGAGUGAAGGAUCGGCACUAACAAGCAGAUUAGACUGCGGAGACAGAAGAAAGAUGAUGUUGUGAACUUUUAAAGCUUCCUACGAGGAUUAUCCGUAUUUACUGUUACAGCGCUGUUCAGUGGAAGUCUCGAAGAAAAAAAGACGGUUCAUAUGGAAGAGAGUACGAGAUACGUUCAACAGCUGCUCUAUAUGUCUUAUGUUUAUACUUUGUCGUUAUGAACAUUAGUGUGUUUUGAGCACAAGAGACUCGUUGCAUUAUUUAUUUCCCAAACACUGAGGGAAAGUCCUGAAGACGAUGAAGGAAGCGAUGGCAGCACUUCAACUCUGUGUGUUUAUUUUGGCCGUAAAGGUGGCUUUUGGCAAGGUCUGUAUCAGUGAGCAGUUCACAAAAACAGGAGAAUGUUGCAGCAUGUGUCCUGCGGGCUCUGGCUUGGCAACCAACUGCGGCCAGGAAGACACCAAGUGUAAGCCGUGUAAAGAUGGCGUGUCGUUCUCAGACUCUGAGAGUCUUUCAGCCUGUCGACUGUGCGCCCGCUGCCCUUCUGGCAUUCCUGAACUGGCUCGCUGCACGCUCACUCAGGAUACCCAGUGUGACUGCGGUGAGGGUUUCUUCCUGUGGCGGGAUGGAAACAGCACAAGCUCGCUGUGCGCGGCCUGCAGCAUGUGUGUGCAUGGAAGUGGAGUGGCUCGGGAAUGUGGUCCGCUGGGAAAUACCGUAUGUGAGCGGUGUAAACCAGGGACUUACUCAAGGGAGAGGAGCGACUGGAAACCCUGCGUGCCAUGUUCGCGCUGUAGUGACGAAGAGGUGGAGAUCAGAUCCUGCCAGCCGGAUUCUGACACCGUCUGUAUGGUAAAAGACCUCAGCAUCCUGUCCCGGCCAUCUGGUUCUGAUGUACCGCGGGAAUUUCCCCGAUGGCCGACUCUGAGUGAUGAAACCGAGAACAGGAGCAGCCCAGCACCAGGGUCCGGAUCCCCUCGACUCACACCACAGGAUCAAGGGGGCAACAACAACAUCCUGGUCUACGUGUCUGUACUGGCUGCAGUGGUGCUCGGCCUCCUGCUCUACGUUGCCUACAAAUGCUGGAAGUCAUGUCAGCAGAAGCAGGCUCUGGUGAAAGCACGGGUUGGCGAGUUGAAUAAUGCCGGGGAAGGAGAGAAAUUACACAGCGACAGUGGCGUGUUCCUGGACUGUCAAAGCCUUCAGGAAAGCCAGCCCAGCAAAGGCAGCAAACGGGACAGCAAACAGGACACGCGGCUUUAUGUGAACCUGCCUCCCCACAGGCAGGAGGAGGUAGAGGGGCUUCUCGCAGAGGGGGGCAGUCGGAGCUGGAGGCAGCUGGCCGCCACGCUCGGUUACGAACAGGACCGUGUGGACGUCUUUGGACGGGGCCAGGACCCCAUCCACACCCUCUUAACUGAUUGGGCCCAACAGGAAGGGUCAACGUUGGGCCUGCUCUGCUCCGCUCUGGCACGCAUCGAGCGGCCGGACAUCAUCACCGCCCUCACCGCCACCUCUCAAGGAGUGUCAGUAGUCUGAAUACUUGAAUAUGUUGCUUACGCCUUCGUGAAAGUGAAAGAGACUCUAAAAUAAUAGAGGAAGAGCAUCAACCGACUCAUUUUCGAAGGAGAAUGCCUUGCAGCGUGCACUAAGACUUUGAAGAGCAGGAUUGGACAUAAUAAGGGGUUUUAUUAAACAUACCGUUUCACUUAUGAAUUUUGUUUCAACAGCCUGAGAUGUUCCGCCACCUCAGAACAUUUUCUGCUCGAGACAGAUGUUUCCUCCAGGAUUCAUGGGCAGUUUAAGCUUAAUAAGAUCUUCUUUGUAGUGUCAAAACAAACUCUGUUUUCUCCGAGACACAUUCAUGCUGAACAAUUUCAUUGUCAGUGUUUCGGGUGGUUUUGGUUUCAGCUGUGGUUGGUAUCAAAGAACACGGACAUUUCUGAACAUUUCUGCGGUCUCAUGAAUGACAGUUUUCCAUUUUUGUGGAAUGGUAUCAUAGUGCCAGAGAAAGCAUCAUGUAUGCGAUUCAAUCGUGCUUUUAUAUUUAUAUUUCAGUGCUUCUGUCAUUCGAACAAUGAUCAACACCGAAGUAUUCAGCUUUUAUACUGUGGUUUGUCAAGGGCAAUGUUACACUGUUGAGGUGUUUAAUGAUUUCCAAAGAGGAAAACCACUAAAUGGGCUGCACAAGGGAGUUGUAUAUUCGAAAAUAUAUAGAUGUACAGUCGAGUUGCCUUAGCGAAUGAUCCUCUUUGAUAAAGACAAAAGAUGUGUCUCAUUCACAAUGUGCUUGGUUUGCACUUUAAUCAACAAUGCAACCUAAAAGCAAAGUUAUGUUUUGUGUUUUAUGUGAGAGAAAAACUCUGGUGCCUUUACUUUUAAUGCUCAGGUUUGUGCUUUGCUGGUUUACUCUACCAUGUAUGUAUUUUAGGGUCAUUUCUGUAUGUUAGUGCUGAGACUUGAUGUUUCCGUGCUGAGAGGCUUUUCAUAUUAAUAACAUCCGUGUUAUGUAUCUAUCACUUAUGUUUGUCCUUUUUUAAUAAUGAAAUAUUGAUGUUUAGAGGUAUCUUUGUAUUUUUAAAGAAAAUAAAUAAUACAUUGUGUGAGCAAAUAAGUAGUAUUGUAUGACA